GCAACGAAAAACGUAAGAUUAAAACCUUGUUGUAUAGGCUACGGGAGCGUUCAACACAUUGGGCUACAGAGUGAUGCUGGGCUUGGGACAAGUCAAGACUCCAGGAACGUCUCCCACAGUAAGAUGGUCUCGCGCAUAGUUUAUGCGCGGCAUCAACAGAAGGAUGCAGCCUGGUACUGUGGACUACCUCUCACCCAUCGCACAGAGCAAACCUGUUGGUCUUCUCACUCGGCUCUUCUGGCUCUGGAUGAUUCAUUCUUCGGUGCUUCAAGCUCAUGGCUAUUUCAUGUAUGACUCCAAGGCUGUUCUGGGCGAUUGCCAAGACUACUGGACCUUCCGGGACCGCGAGCGCAUCCCGCUGCUCUUCCAGGUGACGGUGUGCGUGGACGUGCGCGUGGUCUCGCCGGGCCCCUGGCUGGCCUUCUCCUACAGCUCCCCGCGCGCGCCGCGCUACGACCUGGCGCUGGAGGGCGAUGCCCACUCCCUGCACGCCUGGCUGCUGGGCGUCCGGCACCGCUUCCCCGUGCGCCUGGCGCCGCGCGUCUGGCACCGGCUCUGCCUGCGGCGCGACUCGCUGCGCAACACCUUCAGCCUGGAGGUGGACGGCAGGAGCGACGGCGAACACCAGCGCACCGUCAUCGCCCGGCUCAUCCCCCCCAGCGGGGAGCUGACGCUGGGCUGCCAGCCGUGGGAUGCCCACCCCGGGGCGCCGGCCGCUGCCCCCCGGGGGAAGGUGGAGCUCUACCUGUUCCGCAUGUGGGGGGACGUGGAGCCGCACGGGGCCUGCGAGGACGGCUCAGUGGCCGGCUGGGAGUCGCGGAUGUGGGCCGUCACUCACCCUAGGGCCAAAGUCCGGGAUGACCAGCUGUAUUGUGGCAAGACAAGGAGGAAACGGGAUAGCAAUUCAGACGGAGCUACUAGACUUGCAGACGGCAGAGAUUUUGUCUCCACACCUGGAAGUACACCACUUCCCAAGACCACACCCACAGAAAGUACAUCGGCUCCCCAGACCACACCCACAGGAACACCUCGUCCCCUGGCCACACCCACAGGAACGACGUCACCUCCCCAGAUCACACCCACAGGAAGUACAUCACCUCCCCAGACCAUACCUGCAGGAAGUACAUCGCCUCCCCAGACCACACCUACAGCAACACCUCGUUCCCUGACCACACCCACAGAAACGACGCCACCUCCCCAGACCACACCCACAGGAAGGACAUUACCUCCCCAGACCACAUCCACAGGAACACCACCUCCUCAGACCACACCCACGGGAACUACACCACCUACCCAGACCACACUAACAGGAAGUACAUCACCUCCCCAGACCACACCCACAGGAACACCACCUCCUCAGACCACACCCACAGGAAGUACACCACCUACCCAGACCGCACUAACAGGAAGUACAUCACCUCCCCAGACCACACCCACAGGAACACCACCUCCUCAGACCACACCCACGGGAACUACACCACCUAUCCAGACCACACUAACAGGAAGUACAUCACCUCCCCAGACCACACCCACAGGAACACCACCUCCUCAGACCACACCCACGGGAACUACACCACCUACCCAGACCACACUAACAGGAAGUACACUACCUCCCCUGACCACACUAACAACAAAUGCCAGAACUAUAUCUACAGUGACGACUGCUAAAGCGACCACAGUUAGCACUGUGGCACCGACCUCAGAAUCGGUAUCGGCAAAAACAACACUACCACCCACCACCGGUCAAGGAACACAAUACCCUCCCAGGGGUCCAGGAAGCACGCCAACCUCGUCUACAGUGGGCUCUCAGCAAACGGCGACCGAGGAGGCCCAUCCAUCAAAACUUCCACCCUCCUCAACAUCAACAUCAACUUCCUCUCCCAUGAUGACCUUUGACCCUGAGACAACAGCAACUAUGGCAUCCACAACCAGGCUGGUCACAGCUGCUGACCCCACAUCCAUGCCUACCGAGAGCACCAAAAGCCCCUCAGUGUCCACUUACCCUCCUGUAACAGCCACAACCAAGCCCACACAGAUUACAACCAUCACUGCUCUACUGCCCAGCACAUUCAGUUCAUCUCAAACAAACUCGACUGCCACACCCACGGCUAGGACACAGCUGUCCAAUCACACCACAGAUGCUCAGUGGCCAAUUCUUGAUAAAGGACCCAUUGUGAUGGAGUGCAACUUCUCUCAGUUCUGUUCAAACACAACAUCCCAUUACUGGAUGAUGAUCAGUGUAACUGUGGAGGGACAAGCAAGGGACAAGACCGAGAAAGAUAUUGAAGACUGGCUUCAUAAGUCAAUCAGCCAUGUUGAGUCCAUAGAAAUAAACUGUGCAGACAAGACCAAUAUAACGAGGACUAACUGCACUGUGGAGCUGGGGCUCAGUGAGCCUGUGAACCCAUGUGAUCUGAAACAGCAGCUACAGGGGGCAACCAAUGGAUCGGGCAUAAACGUUGCCAUCUACAGCAAUGUGGAGAGGGUUGGUAAAGGCCUCUGUGUUGAUGAAGAUAGGCUGACCUCUGGAGGAGGUUUUGUGAGGUGCACCUACCCUGAGCCCUAUGCUGGAAUGUGCACCUCUAACCAGGCUGUCAACGUCACAUGCUCAGCUAUGGACUCAGAUUAUGUCCCUGCGCCCUCUUCUGACCCUGAGCAAGACUCCUGCGCAUUUGAACAACAAGAUCAGUGUAACUGUGAAUCCUUCUGCAAUGACACAGGAGAAUAUUAUUAUGCCUUGCGUUUGAGCAUCACAAGUCCCACCAUCAAUGCGACAGGCAUACAGAACCUGAUCUUCAAAACCCAUGCAGACUGUGAUUCAGUCACCAAUCGGACCUUUUGUGAAAACAUAACUCAGGCAUUCAAACAUUUUCGGGAGAUACAUUUGGAAUGCCAUGGAAACGAAACACGGCUUCACAAUUGUAUGGUUGCUCUGAUGCUGGACAAGCAGCUGGGCGUGUGUGAGGUCAACAGAGUGAUGGCCUACCGGCUGCAUCGGAGCGGAGGGGUGUCUUAUGACGGACGGCUGUCUCGAAUGGCGAUGUGUGGUGGGUCCAAUUCAUCUGGCGUGAGGCUGCUGGACUCUAACCUCUCUUGGUUCUCGUCCAGUCUCACUGUGCCUGACUUCUGUGAUGCUAAACUCCGCACUUCACACCUAACAUGCCAAAAGGGUGAGACUAAGGCAGUACUUCUCAAUGAUGUCUGUCAUGAACCACUAUGGCAAGGAGACCAAAGCAAAACCACUGGCACCACCACCGCCGUUCCCCAGAGCACUGCACAAUCUAACACCACAGCUGUUCCUCCAACCACUACACAAUUUAACACAACAGCUGUUCCUCCAACCACUACACAAUCUAACACCACAGCUGUUCCCCAGAACACUACACAAUCUAACACCACAGCUGUUCCCCAGAACACUACACAAUUUAACACAACAGCUGUUCCUCAGAACACUACACAAUUGAACACCACAGCUGUUCCCCAGAACACUGCACAAUUUAACACAACAACUGUUCCUCAGAACACUACACAAUCUAAUACCACAGCUGUUCCCCAGAACACUACACAAUCUAACACCACCGCCGUUCCCCAGAACACUGCACAAUUUAACAUCACAGCUGUUCCCCAGAACACUGCACAAUUUAACACCACAGCUGUUCCUCAGAAAACUACACAAUCUAACACCACAGCUGUUCCCCAGAACAUUACACAAUUUAACACCACAGCUGUUCCUCAGAACACUACACAAUUUAACACCACAGUUGUUCCUCAGAACACUAUACAGAACACUACACAAUAUAACACAACAGCUGUUCCUUGGAACACUACACAAUUUAACACAACAAGUGUUCCUCAGAACACUAUACAGAACACAACACAAUAUAACACAACAGCUGUUUCUCGGAACACUACACAAUCCAACACCACUGCUGUUCCUCCAACCACUACACAAUAUAACACAACAGCUGUUCCUCGGAACACUACACAAUAUAACACAACAGCUGUUGCUCACAACACUACACAAUUUUACACCACAGCUGCUCCUCAGAACACUACACAAUUUAACACCACAGAUUUACUGUACACUUCACAAUCCAAUACAACAUUAACACAAAACAACAUUGAAUUUAAUGGUACAACCUUACAGCAAAACAGCACCCAGUUUUACAUUACAACGGUACCACCAAAUGCCACUCAAUUUAACACCACAGGUGUUUCUCAGAACACUACGCAAUUUACCAUAUCAACACAAAACAGCACUUUGUUUAACUCCACAACGGUAUGGUGGAACAACACCCUAUUAAACACCACAACACCAUUUCCAUUGAACACAACACAAAUGUAUACAACAAGAAAUGAAUCAUUACACAAUGGAACAGACAUGAACACAACUGCUUUGCCCACUAAUGUCACGCAAUAUGCCACCACUUACACGUCUCUAAACUCAACAGACUUUACCACAGCAGAUGCAUCAACAACAUCCUCACAUAAUAUCACCAUUUCAAGCCCUCAGUUGAACAUAACAGAGUCGUUUACAGUUUUGCCGUCACAUCUUAAUGCCACCAUGGACUAUAACUCAACAGCCAUUCCACUUACGACAACUUCUCAAAAUGCAAGUUCUUCACCAGCAACAUUGGGUGUUAGUUCUACUACUACUGGAACAAAUACCACCCUGAACGUGACAAGCAGCUACCCAGCAGGCUCUGUGCUGAACCAGACAGUUGCCAUGGUAACAACAUCAGAGCAGAACACAACAAGGCAGCACGAGAACGUCACCUUGGUUCCAGCUGAUCCAGACAGGACCACAACCCUGGCAACCACGAUCCUCACCACCCCGGCAACUACAACCCAGCCUGGGCCCCAACCCACAGAAGAGCCUCCUGUAAACACAAACGCCACAGUGCCAGCACAGGCUAGCACAGCCGCCACGACCACUGAUCCAGAGGUGUCAUCUCGGACUACCGUCACUACAGUCACUACAGAAACCACCAUAGCAACAACAACAACGCCCAGCGCCAGUGAGCAGGCCAACCAGCUGCUGAACCAGACCAGGGACGUAUCGUCACUGAACUCGUCUCAGGUGGCGGAGCUGGUGGAGCAGCUGGAGGAGAUCCUCUCGGGCCCCAGCGUCAGUCCGGAGGUGGCCCAGGCCGUGCUAUCCAUCGUUAGCAACCUGCUGGAUGCCGAUCCCAGCACGCUGGGCUCCUCAUCAAACGGCUUAAUCCAAGCUGUUGACACUGUGGGUCAGAAGGUGGAAAUCGAGGAUGACAGCACGACAAUCGAAACGGACUCACUGGUGGUAUCCGCAACGAGGGUAGAUGGGGAUAGUUUCAAUGGCGGGACAUUCACCAUCGCAAACCAACAGAGUGCCCGAGCGACGGUCAGGAGUGUACGCAGAAGUAGACGAUCGGAGAGGGAGUCGGCGCUGGAUGAUGGAGACCUGGGCAUGGUCACUCUGCCCUCCACCCUGACGGAGAACCUGAGCCCCGAGGAGCUGAAGCUCUUCUCCCGAAUCCAGUUCAACUUCUUCUUCAAGACCACGUUCUUUCAGGACCAAUCUCUGGACCAGCUUAGGCUCAACAGUCGUAUUUUGAGUGCCAGCGCAUCCAACUUGUCCAUCAGUAACCUCACAGAAGACGUGGAGAUAAUUCUAAGAAAUGAGGAGCCCAUUCCGCAAAAUGCCACAGCUGUCUGCAUGUUCUGGGACUUCAGCAAAAACGGAGGCUCAGGAGGGUGGAACUCAGAGGGGUGUUCAGUGAAGAACACUACCAAGAAUGCAACCAUUUGCAGCUGCAAUCAUCUCACCAGCUUUGCUGUCCUCUUGGAUCUGUCCGGACAAGGCAUCACAGACCGCCUGCAGGCCACCAUCCUGUCCUUCAUCACCUACAUCGGCUGUGGAGUCUCCGCCAUCUUUCUGGCCAUAACCCUCCUCACCUACUUAUUAUUUGAGAAGCUCCGUCGGGACAUCCCGUCCAAGAUCCUGAUCCAGCUGUGCUUUGCGCUGCUGAUGCUGAACCUGGUGUUCCUGCUGGACUCGUGGCUGGCGCUCUACACGGACGCCGUGGGCCUCUGCAUCAGCACCGCCUUCUUCCUGCACUACUUCCUGCUGGUCUCCUUCACCUGGAUGGGCCUGGAGGCCAUGCACAUGUACCUGGCCAUCGUCAAGGUGUUCAACAACUACAUGUCCCGCUACAUGCUCAAGUUCUCCCUCAUGGGCUGGGGCAUUCCCCUCCCUGUGGUGAUCAUUGUUAUCUCAGUGGACAAGAAUAAUUAUGGCCUUGUCAACUAUGGAAAGUACGCCGAUGGAACUACAGAUGAUUUCUGCUGGUUCAAGAACGACAUUGCCUUCUAUGUGGGUGUGGUGGCGUACUUCUGUGUGGUCUUUGUGCUGAACCUGGCCAUGUUCGUGGUGGUCAUGGUGCAGCUGAACCGAGUCAAGCGGCAGAACCCCCAGAACAACCAGCACCGCUCGCGCGUGCACGACCUGCGUAGCGUCGCCGGCCUCACCUUCCUGCUGGGCCUCACCUGGGGCUUCGCCUUCUUCGCCUGGGGGCCCGUCAACCUCGCCUUCAUGUACCUGUUUGCCAUCUUCAACUCUCUGCAAGGGUUCUUCAUAUUUAUAUUCCACUGUGCACUGAAGGAUAAUGUCCGCAGGCAGUGGAGAACUUACCUGUGCUGUGGUAGCCUACGGCUUGCUGAGAAUUCAGAUUGGAGCCGAACGGCUACUCAGAACAACACAAAGAAGACAUCCUUAGCCACCACCUCCUCCGUCCACUCCUCCAACUCUGGCCUGACCCAGAGAGCCUCCAGGAACUCCUCUAUGACCAGUGAUGUUCUAGAACAAUCUAAUGGCAUCCGCUCUCCAUUCGAGGACAGUGUGAUCACAGCUUUGGAAGACACUAAUGGCGAUGUUGUCCUCAAUGAGAUCAACAAUCAGCAUAGCAUUAGAAGACGAGAGUGAUGGGACGGGAUUGACACAUAUGACCUGCAGGCUCAUCGCUUGUGUUGCAUCUACCGACUUGAAUAAUGUUCUUAUUCAGAAAAAUGUGAAAUGGGAGUAUUCACCAUGCAAAUCACUUUGAACUGAAGUGAAGUGAAAAGAGACUCAAAAAGUGACAGGAAUGAGGACCUACCGUCAGGUACGGAAUCCUGCAGAAUGUUUAAAGGAAGUAUACGUCUGAUGCCAAGGUUCCUCACUCAUGGUCUCACUCACUCAGUGUGGACUGCUGUGAGAACACAUGAGCUUUCCCCAAAUACAUUUCCCACUCGGCCCAAGGAACAGUAUUAUGGUCUUGACUGCACGGAAGCCCACGGAGUCCCAACCUUCAAAUCCCCAGAGAAGCGUCUGGUCCACUGGUGGCCAGGGACUGUUGAGUUCUGACAUUGUGGGACACGGGCCACAGCCAAUGCUUGACAGUAACUGACAAUUAGACAGUCACUGAAAAUGGCUGUGCUUUUGCCUGAUGUUUUACAAUGUGCAUUGUAAAUGACCAUUCCUAAAUUAUUGUAGACAUUUAACACAAGGUCCGUCUCUUAAUGUCCAAAUGUCCUUUCAUUUGGGCUCUAGUAAAUGAUUGUACACUGAUAUGUGAAGAGUGGAAAGAGAGAAGAUUUUUUUAAACAAAUAUCAGCUUAAAGGACUUGGCUGUGAAACAGCUAGGACUCGAGUGAUAUCCAACUCCAUAUACCAAAGGCUGUUUGGAAUGACGUCUCAAAGUAACAGCCGUUUCUUUGAUGAGGGACUUGUUUAUGGUACUCCUCGGCAAUGAAUUCCUGCUUUAAAUUUCAAGGUAUAAAUGAAGGUCUUGAUCAAAUGAAGUAAGCCAAAGUCAUAUGUUGCUACAUCUUAGAUUUAGAAAAUGCUGAUCAGCAUGUUAAAAAUAUUUGUAAAGCACUUUUCAACUGUUUAGUACCAGUUGGCUUUGGUUAGUAGGUUCCUUUUCCUUUCAAGUAUCCCCUGAGCCAACUACACUUCUGUUAUGAUGGAUGCAUGCUGUUUUGCAUCUAAUAUGUUCUUCCCAUGCAAAAACAAUGCUGAGAGUAUACAGUAUGCUGUUAUUUAAUGAACGUCUCAGUUGCUUUAGUUUGGCCAUGUACCACAUACAACAUAUGAUGACAGUAAUAAUGUUAUCACUUAUUCAAUCUUAAAUGUUAGAAGAUUUAAUUUUAGUUUCAUUUGUAUUAUGUGGUUUUCAUUCUAAUGUGUUUUUUUUUCACAUUUUGAUGAAUGUAGACUUUAAGACAAACCAGUAAAUAGUGAUCUAUUUUUUUUAUAGAGUGUGAAACACCCCAGUAAUUAUUAUAUUUUACAUCUCAUAAUGAUGGUGAUGCUUCCUAAAACAGAUUUAAUAAAUAUAUCUUUUAACUUUUA